UUUAUCCGUGUCCCUCCCACCCAGUCCCAGGCAUAGGGUUUUUUUUUUGGCGCAAGCAAAGUUGCCGCCGUUCUAAUUCGAACAAGUUCGUCCUCAGUUACUUGUUGGUACUUCGACGAAGAAACCUCGGUGUGUUUGCGAAUAAGUUUCGCCGUCGUGACUCCGCCUUCUGAACAACGUAUUUGUCAGAUUAUUGGGGUUGUAGAGUUGGAGAAUGCUAUAGUGUUGAAUAUGGCUGUGGAUGGAAGCAAACAAUCUCGAGUCUCAGCGACUCCACUUCCUCCUCGGACGCUCAAUGUGCAGAAAUUUGCAGAAGCCAGAGCCUCUGAACUCGAGACCCUUCAUUCCAUUCUCGCGAAUCGUCUGGACAAUGAUUUCCGGUCUCGGAGAAACAAGAGGAGAAGAACGACCGGUUACGACAAUCGGGGCACGAAAAAUAGGAGCAGAAAGAGGCAAAAAUCAGGAGUAGUUGAUUUGGGCGGUGCUGUGGCGUCGGAGAAACAUGAGGGGAGGGUUCCUCCUCGUCGCAUUCGUCGGAGAAUUGAGCUUAGGAAGAAUCUCGAGAGUGGUUUUUCUACUUCAGGAGAUGGGACCAAGAGACUUAGAACGCAUGUUUGGCAUGCAAAGCGGUUUAAGAUGACAAAGCUGUGGGGUUUCCACCUCCCUCUGGGUUUGCAGGGCAGAGGAAAGGGUUCAAGGGCUCUCUUGAAGAGGUUCAGAGAUGGAGCAGUCAUUCAUGAUGCAAGCUACUAUGGUGCUGUCCAAUUAGAGGGUCCCCAGAAUUCAUUACUGGAGAUGCUAAGUACAAUACUUGUACCCUUUCAAUCAUCUAGACUGGAAGAUAUUUCCCAUUCUCUCUUAUCUGGUGCUACCUAUGGAAAUGCUAUGCUUCAUCAUGUUGAAGCACCCAUGUCUCCUGCAGUAGCUCCUGUGACCUAUAUGUGGCAACCACUCCAACAGCAGAGCGCACCUCAUGAGGAAUAUCAUAAUGCUGAUCAAUACAAAGAGCCACAGGGCGCUGGAGGUGGUGGUUUCUUUCGAAAGCUCUGGGUGUGGAUACAUGCUUCGGCUUUUGAUGAAGGAUAUGAUGUUUUAAAACUUGCUUGUCAGAAACAGUACCUUGUGCCAUUGAUUACCUCUCAGAUGGAUGAGGCUGGCAUCUUCUUAAAUUGCAUCUCACUUCAAGGUAAACUAGCAAAAUUGGAAGUUAUGGGUUCAAAGGCGUUUCAGCUUCUUCAAAAGAUACUGCAUCCUGUUACCAGUGUUGCAGAAAAUUCUUGUCAAUUACGUCGAUGUUUGAAUAUGGAGUCUGACACAGAGACUAGCCUUAAGAAGCUAACUGCUCUUCAAGAUGAACAUAAUAUUCCUUCCUCUGGAAUUAUUUCUCUUACCAUCAAGGAUCCCCGUGUUCUGCCUGAGAGGAAUGUUGGACUUGUACCUGAAAUAACUAGUACUAACAAGUUGGGUGAUAUGAGAGAAGAUGGUAAAAAUCUCAGUGCCUCUGGAGGGAUUCCAAUUAAGACUACAGAGUCACCUUCAUUAUCAUUAAUAAAACCUGAACAGAAUGCUGCUUUUCUGGGAAGCAUGGAUUUAUGGGAUGCAAGCAAAGGAAUUCCUCCACCAGUAGAAGAAAAUGUUAUUUGCAUGGAAAAGCAUCGACAGCAGCUGGCUUUCUUUUGCCUUGAUGACAAAAGUGCAGGAAAAGGAAAUGCUUCUGCUGAGGGACAGUUUUGUUCAUCAUGCCCUAUUAUGCUUUUGAAUGACAGUAACAAAAAGGGUUCAAUCAUAAGGUGGUCAAUCAUUCUCCCAUUAAGCUGGGUUAAAGUUUUCUGGGUUCUUCUCAUCUCUGGAGGUGCUCAUGCAAUUGGUUUGGGAGAGAAGCACUGGAUUGCCUGUGAUGUUGGAUUACCAUAUUUUCCUUCAGAUUUUCCUGAUUCCAGGGCAUAUUCUUCCUUUAUGGCAGCUAAAGCAGCUGAUUCUGAUGAAAAAGUUGGCCGUCGUCCUCCUUCCAUGAGACCUGUCAGUGUUCCCAUACCACCUCCAUGGGAAAGUGUUCGAUUUGCUUUUGAGAAAGAAUCAAGUACAUCUAAAGAUUCCCAGACUUAUUCUGAGGAACCAUAUGUCAUAAAUAUGGUCAAUGAGAAUGUGUUGGCAAACAUGCAUUGUGGAAAAGUUGACACCACAGCACUUAUCCAUCGUGUCUUUUUAUCUGAUGCCUUUGUAGCAAGGACGUCAAAUAUGCUGACUCAUUUUUUAAGAGAAAUCCAUGGUGACCAUUUAUUUUUGUUCCCCCAUGCACCUUUUAUGAAGAAUAAUAUUACCAAGUUCAUGAAGGAUAAUGACAUGCUUCUUCAGUUCCAAAAUGGGACUACCACUCAGAUAAGUAAUGGGCGAAGAUUAUGUUUCCUUAGAGUUAUUUUGCAUGCAUACGGAGGAGGUGUCUUUGAAGAAGGAGCUGCUGUUUGUGCACCUCAUUACUCUGAUAUAACAUUGUGGACAACCAGAUCAGACAGUGACAAGGAAAACCUUGAAAUGCCCGAGUCUUCUGUUAGAUCAUACUUUGAGCAGCAACCUUGUGGUAAAUGGGAGCUGCAGAUGCCCAAGGACCCCAUAUCCCGAGAGAGUUAUAGGUGGCCAAUUGGUUUUGUAACAACUGGAUUUGUUCGAGGAAGCAAGAAGCCCGCUGCAGAGGCAUUAUGCGAGGCAACCUUGCUUGCUCGUCUCAGAGAGAAGCAAUGGAAUGCGAUGCCAGUGAAGCAGAGGAGGAAGGAUGUAUACGUACUAGUCAGGAAUCUUAGAUCUACCGCAUGUAGGCUUGCUCUUGCGACGAUUGUCCUUGAACUACAAGGAGAAGACCUGGAGUUCAUGUAACCUACCCUGUAAAAUUUGAUGCAGUGAUGGCGGACGCCAACAUGUUAUUGCAGAAACCCGUCCUUACUAGCUAUCGUCUUACUUACAUGUACACACACACACACACACACACAGCCUUUAUGUUUGUAACAUUAGGAUGCAUAUUGAGGUCUGGCUGGCAAUAGAGUUCAAUGGGUCUAUGUCAGUCGAUCUGUGUUUAUGGUACCUAAAAGCUGGUUUGCCUUGAAAUUAUGUAGCAAAUUGACAAGGAAGGAAUUACUACAUGAAAUUGAAUAUUAGAA